UAUGAUGUCUUCACAGGAAUUUGGUAUAAUAUUCUAAGAGGAGUCGCAAAGGUGGCAGUUAUUGUCAAUGCUUUUGUUAUCUCCUUCACAUCAGACUUUAUUCCACGGCUGGUCUAUCAGUACAUGUACAGUCCAGAUGGGUCAAUGCAUGGUUUUGUCAACCACACGCUGUCUUACUUUAACGUCAGUCACUUCCAGAAUGGUACCGCCCCACUGGAGCCUUUCCACCUCGGCUUCCAUGUGGACAUCUGCAGGUAUAAAGACUACAGAGAGCCUCCGUGGUCUCUGACACCAUACGAGAUCUCAAAAGAGUUCUGGGCUGUGUUGGCAGCCAGACUAGCAUUUGUCAUUGUCUUUCAGAAUGUGGUGAUGUUGAUGAGUGAUGUUGUGGACUGGAUCAUCCCAGAUAUUCCCAAAGACAUCAGUUUACAGAUCCAUAAAGAGAAGAUCCUCAUGAUGGAUCUGUUCAUGAAAGAGGAACAGGGAAAGACACGGUUAGAGGACAGCUGCAAAGAGAAGAGUACUCUGACACGCUCACGCUCCAUGUCUCACACAGCCUGCAAAAACUACUAACAUCAGCAGCCUCAGAGUAUCUAUCAUUACAUUCCAGUGACGAACCCCAGACAUGCUGUUCGGUCUUAAAUAAAGCCUGUUGCCAGUGCACACUGCCAGAGUUCAUAUUGUACAGUUCUUCAAGCUUCUUAAAUGUUAUUUGUGUGCUCUACGUGUUUUUCCCUCUAUGUCAUUGUUCUCUUUCAGUGAAUGCUGCUGUGAUGCAUUCAAAUGAUAAUACAAAUGCAAAGGCCUUAACGUACUCUACAGAAAUAUGUGAAUGAAAACACUUCUGGCUAUGUGAGCUCGAUUUUGUGCAUCAUUGUAUCAGAUUCAUAACGCAACAGUUUCCUAGCAUUGCUGGGCAUUAGCAUAAAUCUGAGUUGUUCAGCUGUGGUCCUCAGGCCAGUUUUUGUCCAGUAAUCCUAGUGAGGUGUGUUUGAUGAGGCUUGUGGAUCUCAAGGGCCAGAGCUGAUGAACACUGGCAUAGACGGUCUUCUGUAUUCUCUUGCAGGUCAAUUAUUGUCAUGACAAAGGAUUUUGAGGAAUCUUGUUGAGCAAGUUAGUUAAACUACCUGAAGAACAUAUCCAAUGCUAUGAAAAGUAGCAGGUCUGUCACCCCCUUGAGAGCGAAGGUUUGUUAUUACCACAGUAAUACAAGAUCAAAUUGUACAGUACAAGACCACACACAUGCAAUGCGCUGGCCAAGCAUUUACAUUUGCAUACUUGAGUAUGUUUCUAGCUUAUGAAUUAUUCUUCUUACUAAUUCAUUCUCUUAACAAAUUGCAAUAAAUGUGUCAACCAUCACAUAAAAAAAUUAAAAAAAAUUAUGCACUGAUAACAUUAUCAUAUGAAGCAUAUCAGUUAUCGUUACAGUUCAAGGCAUUAAAACCCUGAAUCUAAUUAACAAUUUACCACUUUAACCCAUGAAAAGGGCUGUUUAAUGUUUUGACUGAAAUAUGAUAUUUCCUAUUGAUUUUGAAUCCUGAAGGUUUUGGUUGUUUUGUUUGCAGUUAUGUGUGAUAGAGAACAGUAGAUGUUUUCAAUUUAUGACAAAGUCUAAAUAUGGGAGAAGUUGUAAGACUUUUUAAACAAGGAAUUUUCAAAAGCCCCAGCGGAUUUGAAGUGGACGGUCUUUAUUCAUUCUUCUGUACGGUCAAACUGUCAGAUGGGCUCCAUCUAAACAAAUAACAUUAAUGUGAUGAGCCAUUCUCUCCUCUGCUUUGAUUCUUUUCAAUCAAAUGUACCUCGAUAUUUCAUGUUUUCACUUUUAUUGUAUAAUGGUAUUUUUCUAAUGCUUUUAAUUCUUUUGUACGUUUGAUGCUUUUCAUAUUUAAAGGUGCUUGAUAGGAUAUUCAUUAUCUGUAUGUUGAGUAAGCAUUAACAUUGUGGAACAUUAUCAUUUCAUAAGACAUACUUCUCAUUCACAUUGUGUUCAUAGAGUGUAACAGACUUGAAAACCAUAAAUUCCAUGUUAACUCCAAUAAUGUUUUAGAUUUUAUACGUCUUUGUCACUUAGACUGUUAGAUUUCUAAGGCAUUUGUACACUGUCCUGAGAUGUAUGGCUUUGAUUAACAUUUACUGUUUGCUCCAAAUGGGUUGUGCAGUAAAAACAAACACAUCAAGACACAAAUGAACUGAAUGUGAUUUCAUACUUCAAAGAAGACAACGAUCAAAGGUUUUAACAUACCAAGCAGAACAGUCAUGUUGUUUUUGUUUUGUUUUUUCAACUAUGUUUAUUACUUCCUUACGUCUAUUAAAUUGUUAAUACAUAGAACUUAUAUCUUCUGUUUGCUUGCCUUAAUUUAGAAACACAAUGUACUUUAGUGAGUGUGUCACUGUGUAUUGUAAUGUAACAUUUAAAAGAAAUAAAGUUAAUAAAGUCUA